GCGCGACUUUUAUUUUGAAAAAUCGGCAGCCAUUUUGGAGAAGAGUCCGGUAACUGCCGCGACAUUGGAUUUAUGGAUACUUGUUUUUGGUGUUUUGACCAACUGAAACUUCAUUUUUUUCCCCACUAAAUUUCAAUAAUAAAUCUAUGAUAGCUAAUUUGCAUUUGGGGGCUAUGUCACGUCUGUUAAUGUAGAAGUUCCGUUCUUCACGAGAACUUAAUGUUAAAUGCUGUUUAAUUAUAUCGGAAAUAAUGGAGAAAGUACGUAGAAUCUUGGUGCAUUUAUCCAAAGAAAGCGCAGCUCCACACCGAGCCCAGUUUGUUCAGAGCAUUACUGGCCAUUUUAUUGGGCAACUGGACGACCAAACAACGGUGAAUUGUUCCUUGGAAAACAACCGAUUUUUGUUGUUUGAAGGAAGCCAAGAGAGGGGCGUGCCUCUUAAGAGGGCGCCGUUCUGCCCAAUCAAAUUGCUCUCUCCCUCAGAGGCGGAGUCGAUUCCUCCAGACACUCUCCGGAGAGGGGUGGAUGUGGGCGUGGCCAUACUGCUCCAGUCAGCCAAUCAGAGGCUGUUGCUGACCAGGCGCGCUCAGGCCCUGCGGAUUUUUCCUAAUGUGUGGGUCCCACCUGGUGGCCAUGUGGAACUGGAUGAAAAGCUGUUGGAUGCAGGCCUGCGGGAGCUGAGGGAGGAAACUGGACUCAAACUAGACCCUGAGGAUGUCUCCUCCUCUCAGCUGCUAGGCCUCUGGGAGUCUGUAUACCCACCCAUGCUGUCCCGAGGACUGCCCCAAAGACAUCACAUUGUCACCUACAUGCUGCUUUGCAGUAGGCAGACACACCUGCACCUACAAUCCUAUAUAAAGCCAGAGCCUGCUGAGGUGAGUGCUUGUGUGUGGGUUGAUGCAGGACUGGUCAGGGCUAUCGUAUCUACGGUGGAUGGGGAGGAAAAGUCUUUUCAUGUACCUGCUGAUCUUCCUCAAUCUGUCAGUGUUACUGAGGUGUCUCCUGAUGGCGAGCUAAGUGAGUCGACACUGCCCGUGUCAGUGUUCUGUAACCGGGCUCCAGCCGAGGGUGAGGAUGUGGAGCGGGUCAGCACCGGAACCAAGUAUGCCUUAGAGCUGUGGCUGAAUGCUCUGGGAGCUAGCUGUGAGAAGGGCUAACUGCAGCAGACGUAUUCUCACUCUCAGGCCUGAUCUGUGGAACCCAAAGAAGCACUUGAUAUUUACCUUCAUAAUGCUCAGAAGUUGUUUAUGCUAAGUGCCAUGAAAUUGAUGAUGACAGGAUCUUACUUCUGAUAAGCAUCUCUGCUCUUUUUCUUAAACAUCUAGCAUGAAACGUUUUCCAACCACAAGAGGGCAGUAAAGAUGCUUGUUACUGCUGAAACAAAAGUCUAAUAUGAAUGUGAAUUGUUCUCUCAGAUAGUAGUGUAGCUAAUUUAGUCUGUUGAUUUCUUCAUUUAUUAUUACUAAAAUAGUAGUGAUUUCUCUUUUAUUUAUUUUUUUCAGUACAUUACACACAGAUGAUCUUGAACUCAUUCUGCAGCACUAAGAACCUUGAAAGGCCUGUGGAUAUAUGCUGAGUGUAUCACACAGCAUGUAAACUAUGAGCUUAUUAGGUGUGGUCUUGUUUCUUGUAAAACGAUAACAGUGGCACAGGCCAUGCUGACCUGUCCUGACUUCUAAGGACCAUGAUCACUUUUAUAGACUGUAAUGUAGGUUAUUUGAAUCCCAGUUGAGCAGCAAAUGAAAAUGAAAUUCUAUUAGUUGCUAAAACAUCAGCAGGUUUAUUAUAGUAAUUUGUAUGCUGAGCAUUUAUUAAAAAAAAAAAAAAAAAGUGUUUGGCCUCAUACAUAAAAGCACACCAUGAGCCUUUUUGACAAUGCAUUAUGUUUUAUUUAGUCAUUUUUCCUAAAACUUCAGUUUGACUUGAGGAGAGACAGUAACAGCAGAGCAGGAUAUCUUGUACCUGUGUACAUUUUUACUGGCUUUUAAUUCUUCUUUUUGGUAGUUAGCUUCUAAAUCUAAUUGGAACCCUCAGUAAUACAAAGAUAAUUGUGUAAUUCAAAAGGUAUUUUUGGCACAGUUCCACCAUGGGUGCAACCAAUGAGUAAAUUAACUGUUGAUUAUUUCAUGUAAGAGUGUUCAAUCACCUUGUUACAGGCUUAUCAUUAUUGUUCUACAAUGUUUAUCAGUUUCACUCCCGCCUGUCCUGGAUAAGGCUGGGUGUAACAGGAUGUAGGAGAUAUGGUAUAAGUCACAAAAUAAAUUCUGACCAUACAAAACAUAUAAGACUACAUUUCUACAUAGAUUUAAUGGAUGAAUUUGCAGAUUGUUCCAUACACUCAGGUUCACUUCUCUAUGUUUUUCUUUCUUUUAUGAAGAACAGCUCUUUAGAAGAAGGGUUCACAGCACUCUAGCUGAAAGUCUGUCUAUCACCAUUCUCUCUCUUUCCCUCUUCUUCCCUUUGAGACCUGCAGGAGAAUCUUUGAGCUGGUCCCAUCCACACAAAGAAACCUUUUUAUUAGCACAAUAGCUUCAGGAAGCAAUGACCGUGGGGGCUGAGGUGAUCUGGACACUGGCACAGCUUAUUAUCCCUAAUCCUGCCCCCAUUCAACACUGUUUAACCAGAGACAUCUCUGGUUAGAUUUGCAAAAAAAAAAUGCAUUUGUAUAUUUGUAUCAAACAUUUUCCUUUUUAAAAUAAAAUGACUCAUUUUCCAGACAGAAUAUAUAUUGUAAUAUUUCAUUCUUGGUUGCAAAGCCUCAGAGACCCAUUUGAAAUGACAUUUUGCAAUAGAUUUCAAAACAGUUAGCAAUUUGGAAGCAGUUCAGUUUACUUCUAUGAUCUAAAUGUAUUUGCAGUCACUGUCAGUAAACCAUUUUGAAGCAAACAGAUACUGUCUCAUCGAACAUUAGAGUUGUCCAAAGUGUAAGUAAUAAGCAAUAGUUGGUGAUUGCUUUGAAAUCAGUGUUAUAUAUGCAGGAUAUUGUACAGUAGUAUCCCCAUUGGUUAUUUGGAAUGACAGUCUGUGAUCAGCUUUUACAUGGUGCCUCUUUGAUCGCUGGUCUGGUAGGUGGAAGGUACAACAUGGGAGCUCACUGGCACCUGAAUGUUGCUGCUGAGUAGUGGUGGGAAUCUGGUCUUCCAGUCUUCCAGUCUGACUGUGGAUGUUGGUACAAAUGUCACAUUAAUUUGUGAUAUUGCAACUGCAUUUGGUCAAUGCUCCUCUGUCAGAUGGCUGCUGUACCAACAAGAAACUGGCCUUAAGAUCUACAUCUCAGGCAUCAGGACCAUUACCAGAAAAGCCCAGCAAGACACACUAUGUACAAUGCAAAUUUCCAGAGUCUGUCCUUCAGAUAACGGCACUUAUUAUUGUUUACUGUUAAAUGAAGGUGUGGAUUUUAUGGGCAAUGGAACAGAGCUGACAGUCAUGGCUCCAGAUAUAUCCAGCAAGCAGAAGGUGAAUACUCAUGACCUCAAGACAGAUUUACAACAAGUGCAGGAACAUCAGUGUUUAGUCCCUGUGGCUGUUGUGGGAGGAAUCUCACUUCUGAUCAUCUUGGGAAUUUUAGCCGUGAUUACCUGCCACAGAAGAGCUGUUUUGAUGCAUCCGAGAGGCAAUAAUGUAUCACGGCAACAUCAACAAUCCUCCGGUGAGACCCAGUAUGCUAGCCUGAUGUUUGUAACCGGGAGACGUAACCAUGUUGCAAAAUCCUGAACCUAAAUCUUUAGUGGUAAACAUAAUUUUGGUUAAAUUCAUCAUAUGAAUAGUCCUGUACAUUCUAUCUGUCUGCUUUUUUCACCAUAAGUUUACUAUAUUUUACAAUCUUUUGCUAAAUGUAUUAAAAUGUCAGCACUGCAACUUAAAAGUAUUCAGUGCUGAGGGCCAGUUCUCGAUGAACUGUAAUAUUUCUUGUUUUUCAUACAACAGCAAACCUGAUUUUAUUCAGUGAGUAAUUAUAAAGCCCUUUAUAACUUGACUGAGUCAAAACAGACCUAAGAG